CACCCCCAACUUGCUCCCCCGCUCCCCCUCCUCCUCGGCGUCUCCUCCCAUUCCGGCCCCGCCGCCGCGCACGAGGUGCGGCCGCCGGUGCCGCCAUCGCGGGGGGAAAGAAGCCGCGGGCGCUCCCUCCCCGUCCUCUCGAUCGGCUCGGUUCCGGGUCUUCUGUGACCGGAAUGCGCCGCCGCUGUUAUAUUUCUUAUUGAUCUUUGCAAUUCGUGGUCGCAGAACUACUCGACAUCGACUUUUUUCAUCUCGGUAUUUAGUGACAUCUCGUUACAUGGAGGAGUAUUUAAGUAGGAGAUCCAAAACAGCAAUGGGGUUUCUCAGAAGAGGUUCUGGCAUAAAUCGAAGCCCUGAAGAGACAACCGGUCAGAACACUGAUGUACAGGGAAGCACUUCAAGAGUCAAUCCUAUGAAAACCAGGCUGGCUGAUAAUCAGGAGAGACCAAGAUACUUACAUGGCUCAUAUAAAUAUGCAAGCUCAAAUGUCAUGUCUGGAAGCUCUUCCAAAUUUCCUAAGAACUUUCCCCUUAGGAAAUUUGGUGAGGAAAAGCGAAGGCAGACUUUGUUCGAUGGGGCUGACGUUGCUGAAAGUAGUAGAAGAAAGUCCGAUGCCAGGUAUCUGGAGGGUAGUAAGAAACUCGUUGUAGAGAAUCAGAGUUCACAUGCUCCACAGACUGAGACAGAAAGAUUAACUGCCAAAGAUGAUGAACUGACAGCACCUGAUCCUGAGGUUUCACAUUCUGCUGGUUUUUCAGGUAUGCAUGCACGUACAGCUGAGUCCUUGGUAAGGAGUGCUUCACUAAGUUCUUGCUCUUCGUCAUUUAGUAAUCAGCCUAGUAUACCUAGAAUUCCUAUCGCUGGUGUGAAGCCAUCAAAUAGUCUUGUUAGUGGAGAACAGAGACGUGGACCACGUGGUCUUAAAAACCUUAGUUGCACUUCAGUCUCUGAUGUUCUGCCAUCUGGAUGCUCGUCUGAUUCUGUUCGUACUAGUAGCUUUGAUGCUAUGAGAAAGAGAACUUCUGAUGGGGAAAGCUCUUCCAGAUCAAGAGUCAUAAGUGAUCCAUCCAGUUUAGGUCAUUCACAUACAAUAUAUCCUAGCAUUAGUGGUCCUAGAAUCAGAACUACCGAAGAAUCAGUUCGGCAACAAACAUUACGAAGCCGCAGUAGAAAUAUUCAGGAUUCAGCAGUAUCAGUAAGGACAAGACGGACUUCUCCUAGAGACACUAGGUUCAGGUUGUCUGAGGAAAGAGAGGAUGCCAUGUUUCAUCUGAAUGAGUCUACCGCAGGGAAUCAACAGUCAGUUGGUGCUGAUUUUUCUGUGGAAGAGGAUUCUUCAGAAAGCUCCAUAAGACCAGUUUCUGUGGAACUACCUCAUGCAAUUUACUCAUCUAGUCGUCAGGGAUCGAGUACUCGGACUGCCAGGAGAACAUCAAGCUCUCGUUUUGAGCAAAGCCCCCCACAAACAUUUCGCAGUCUGGCAAGGGAGAGAGGUGGACACAGACGCAUAAACAUGGAAGGCAUUGCAGAGGUAUUGCUAGUGCUGGAGAGGAUUGAACAAGAAGCUGAGCUUACUUAUGAGCAAUUGCGGGUACUGGAGACAAAUCUGUUACUUGGUGCCUUCGCCUCGCAUGAUCAGCAUAGCGACAUGCGGAUGGAUAUUGACAACAUGUCCUAUGAGGAACUAUUAGCAUUAGAAGAGAGAAUAGGAUACGUAAGUACUGCUCUUUCUGAAGAACAGUUUGCAAAAUGUAUCAGAAGGCGUUUAUAUAGACCAGUUGCUGCAAAAGGAAACAGAUCAGUCAUAGAUGACAUCAAAUGCAGCAUAUGCCAGGAGGAGUUCGUGAAGAGCGAAGAGGUUGGCAGGUUGCCGUGUGAGCACCAGUACCAUGUGUGCUGCAUUCGCCAGUGGCUCCUGCAGAAGAACUGGUGCCCAGUCUGUAAAACUCCAGCGCUGCCCUCUCUGAACUGAACUGAACAUCCUGUAGGAGCUGAGGUCUCAAACCUGUAAAUAAAUUACUAUGUGAUGUUAAGUAGUCGUGGUUCGUGGACCUGUGAAUAAUCUUGGUUGGGCUCACUCCAGUUUGUGAAUGUCGAAAUGGAUUGUGUCCUGUGAACGCUGCAGUUUGUGAAUCUCAGACUGUUAUUAUGAGUUGCACUGAAGAUA